AUGGAAUGUGCUCAAGUGUGUAUAUAAAGCAGGUUGUUAGCUUUAACAGCCAAUAUAAGGCAGCCUUUACCAGCUUAAGUUUCAGUACAUUGUGUAUAAUACUGAAAACUGUGCCUGUCAAUUUGCGACACAUUCUGAUUUUGAUAUCAUGAAUUGUAUUUCAUAAUUAUAGUCAAAAUAAUAGCGAAAACACUAGUAUUUAAUAGAAGACAGUUCUCAACACUUUUUGAACAUGGCAACUUUUGUAGAUUCAGUUAAUACAUCUUCAGAUUCAGUGAAGGACUAUUUUUGUGACCCUUGCGAAAGUAAAAAUAUAGAAGCAAGUGCUGGUAUUUUUUGUGAAACAUGUUUGAAGUGUUUUUGUGAAGAAUGCCUUCAUCAUCAUGAUCACAUAUUUGUAAACCAUUUAAAAUAUGGAAGAGGAGAAACAAACAAAUGGCCUUUAACAAAGACAAUGGAGGAUUUGCUACUGAAAUGUGAGGUUCACAACAACAAGAAACUGAAAAUGUUCUGCCAGGACCACAGUCAGCUGUGUUGCUCUGAUUGUGUUUCCUGAAUCACAGACAAUGUAAAAAUCUGGCUCUAAUAUCUGACUCAGUCAAAAAGCUGUCAGUUGAUAUAAAGCAGUUGUCAAACAAAAUUAAAACCAUUUUUGCUGAAAUAAAUAAGUUAAAGAGAACACAAGAGGACAGCCUACAGUCAGUGGAGGGAUCAUAAAAUGAAAAACUGCAAGAAAUCAGAGACCUGCGUAAGAAUUUAAAUGCUGCCUUGGAUGCACUAGAAAAAACUACUUUGAAAGAAUUGAAUAAAAUUAGGACCACAUUGCAAAUCUCUCUUAAGAAAGAUGUUGACAACUGCAACAGACUGAAGGAUGAACUCCAACAACUCAGUGAAGCUGUACAUGGCCUUUUUGAUAAGAGUAAGAAAGAAAUGGAGUUCAUAGCCAGCAGGAAAUGCUUUGACAAAAUACACGAGUCCGAGACAUAUCUAAGAGAGAACCCUGUGAAGGUUCAGUGUUCACUGAUAUUCCAGGCAAACACUGACAUUGAGCUGUACCUGUCUCAAAAGUCUAGUCUAGGAAGGAUUGUAGACGGUAUGCAGUCUCUCACACCCAAAACGAUUCCCGAUAAGGUGAUGACUGUGAAGAGGAAUUUCGAGUAUAAUGUGAAAAUACCAAGUGAUAUAAGUCAGAAUUGCUCGAUUAAAUGCAUUUGCAGCCUUGUGGUCAUGUCAUUGUUGUAGAUUUCUAUAAUAAGAAGGUGAAACUAUUGAACAAAAGUUACAAUGUGUCCAGUCACAUUGAUGUGUCUGGUGUUCCAUGUGACAUUUGCCAAAUCACAUCCAGUGAGGUGGCUGUUCCUCUUUCUGAUGAAGGUGUGCAGUUUAUAUCUGUAAGCAAUGGUCAGCUGGUGAAUGGGAGGAAGUUACAUUUACCACAUUAUGCUCUUGGCAUUGCCCACCACCAAGGAGCAUUGUAUAUCACCUCUGGCAAUGCUCUCUACCACUACAAUAUGACUGGGACACUUGUGAAAAAGCUGUAUGAGGAUACAGGAGGUUCAACUGCAGUGUUCAGAUGUGCACUAAGUCCUGAUGGUGAACGGAUCUUUGUCACAAUCUUAUCAAACCACAAGCUUCUCACUCUGGCCAAAGAUGGAGGCCUACUUUCGACCUUCACUGACUCUGAUCUACAGCAGCCACGAGGUCUACAUGUAACACCUGAUGGACAUGUCCUUGUUUGCGCGGCCGGCUCAAAUACUGUGAUACAGGUGGAUCAUGAAGGAAAAAGAAGCUGGCGACUCUAGCUUAAAAUACAGAUGGAGUGAGCAGACCAUGGUCUGUCUGCUACAAUACCAACACUGACCAGAUCAUUGUGGGACAAACUAAUAACAAUAAAAUCAUUGUUAUGGAAUUGAAAUAGCUCUUCAAGUGGAAAGAAAACAUUGAUAUAAAUACUGUUAAAAAGUAAUAUCUCCAUCAUUUUUUCUGUGAACUGUUCAUUAAGUCAUGGCAGUUAAUAUCUAGGUUAGAAGAAGAGCAUAUUCAUAGGGUUUGUCUUUUAUAAUUAACAAUUUAAUUAACUGUUUUGGAAAAUAAGAUAUUUUAAUGCACCUAUGAUUAUAAGCACCAUUUAAAACAAGCACGUAUGACAUCUGUCUCAUUAAUGCUUAUCAGUAAUUUUGUUAGGUUGUUGUUAUAAUUACUCUAACAUAUUACAGGUAUAAUGAUAACAAGGGCUGUUUGUAAAACAUGCAUGCCCCCCUAUAUGGGCUAUAAGUUGUAGUAGCAGCCAUUGUGUGAAUACGUUUUUUGUCACUGUGAACGGUGGUGGUGGUGGUGGUGGUGGUGUAGUGGUGGUGGAAGUAGUGGUAGUGGUAGUGGUAAGUAGUAGUAGUAGUAGUAGUAGUAGUAGUAGUAGUAGUAGUAGUAGUAGUAGUAGUAGUAGCAGUAGCAGUAGCAGUAGCCAGUAGCAGUAGCAGUAGCAGCAGCAUUACAAUACCAAUACUUAAGAAUGAUCAAAUGGGAAAAGGUAACAUAGCACUGGCAGUAAAUAUGGGGCUCAUUUACAGGUCAGAUUUGGAAUCUCUGCUGUAAAAUGAGAUUUUAAAUAAAUUAAAGGGAGGAAAAUGCUGUAAUAAAAAGAACAUGCAUAAACGGUAGUUGUUUCCCUUGUUUGAACCAUGCUAAAUCCUUAAAAUGCCUAUUUCCAGUCACUGUGACAUUGA